AUGACUCGACAUGUCUUCACCGAGCAAGAGGUGCGACUCGCAGCAGAACGACGACUCAAAUACAUUGGUGCUGCUAAAGUCAGCAUCCGCCAAAUCCAAUUUGAACCUCCCUUACCACGGGACUUGGACCCCAAAAAUUUGGAUCGGCUACGGAAUAUCUUUCGUAAGAAUCGUUGUCGCCGCCUCGAUGUCCACAACCAUGUGCCCGCGACCGUGUCUCGGCAUGACCUCGCGGAUGCAUUGCAGAAGGCGAACGUUCCCCAGGAAUCAUUGCUGACAACCGAAGGCCGCCAUAUCCCCCGGCUAGAAUUUCGGACGGGGCAACUUAGGGGUCUCCAUGGUCGUCAUCGCGUACAAGCUGGCGUCGCGGUACUCCCCCCCGGCGGAUCGCUGGUGGACGUCCCACAAGACAUUGGUGAAGAACUGAGAGCCGCGUUGGUGGAAGAAUAUUCCAAUCAGAAGAAGCCGACCGACGGGGAGGUCUAUCGCAAGAUCAGACAGUAUGAAGGCGAGGGUAACGAAGCUUUCCGAGAGCGAUGGUUCGUGAGACUAUCGCCCAGCAAUCAAGACCGUUUAGAUCAACUCGACAAUAAGACGAAUCGUCGUCUCCGGCAUGCAAUUGACCGAUUGCUAACGAUUCCUGGACUUUGGCCAGGCGGAAUGAGAAUCAGCCUGCUUCAUCGAUUAAUCGCCUCGGGCUGCAUUGAGGAGAUAGCAACCUAUUUUGACCACAUCUUCGACUUCUGGUCUUCUCUGGUCGGAUCGGAUCGGCGUCUGAUGAAGAAAAUCGAUCGGGAUACAGUUCACACCCUGCAGUUACUGGCACCAGGUAAAUCACGCACUGAUGAAAUGACGGCGUGCGGGAUGGUUCUCAGUGGCCAUGUGUUUGCCGAGUUCAGUGCUGACGAGCGAAGCGCGGUAUAG